AUGAUUCAUUACUUCUAUCUGGUGGGAUUUGCUUGGAUGUUAUUUGAGGGUGUUUACCUGUAUCUGAUGGUUGUCAAAGUGUUCAAUACGGUCAUCAGAUGGCGCUUGUUCUAUGGAGUGGCUUGGGGUAAGUAUUAAAGCAAAAGCCUACUACAGAAAAUGGCCCGGUUGGUAGAUCUAGUCAAGAGGUCUUGACUUGUCAGUCCUUUCCGGGAUCAAACGCAUUUCGUUAAUUGAUUCCUGGUUUAUCUUACUUUCUGUACGUACUUACAAGGACUUGCAAUUGAGACUUGCUAUUCAGAGGAAUUUGUACCACAGGACAGUUUUCAUAAGAGUGCUACGCUGACGUAGCUGACGUAACCCAACUGAGCCUAACUUUUCAUUUUUCUCUUUUUCGUUUUCAACCGAACCUUAGGCGUCUCCCUUUUGAUUGUGGUUUUAUCGAUCGUGAUUGCUUCCAUUCAAGAUGGCGGGAUAGAAAGCUAUGUUCAUGAUCAUUUGUAAGUAAACAAACCAGAUCUUAAUACUACCGAACAAAACGGAGCAAGAAAAACUUGGAGGUUUCAAGAAUCCAUUUAUUUUUUUAUUACCAUUUUUUAUUUAUUUAUUUAUUGCAAAGUUACUUAAUAUGAAAUUUGCCCAAACUGCCUUUUUCAGAGGAAUUAUUAUCAGCACGUUCAUGUUACAGGCCUAAAAAAUUGGUUUUCAAACAACUGAAAAUUUUUAAAAAAGUCUUCGUAGGCUUUUUCUUCAACAUGUCCAAUUUUAACCGUCAAGUUUUAUCAAGCAAUCCUUUCUUAGUAACACCUUGAUUUUCUAUAUUUUUUUUCAGUUGCUGGGUUUCCUUCAAAAAUAACCUUAUCUGGACGUUUGUUGCGCCUGUUUUCUUAGUUUGCACGGUAAGGGUAAGAAAGUGAAAAUGUCCCAUAAGUGAAUGAGUUUGUUAAGAGAACAAGUUAAAAAAAUUAUUGCUUACAGAAUAUUGAGGCUCAUCUGUAACUAAUUAAAAAUUGAUAUAAUCAUCAAAUAUUUGCAAUGAAAAUGUAAGACGUAAAACUGAAAUUAAUAACGAUUCAUGUAGAAAAAAGAAAACCAGAAUAUUUAGCUACCUUUCAUAUCAUAGUCUUGGUGGGUUACAGUAAGCCCAUAAAUGGACUGAUAGCGGCUACCAGUGGCGCCCUUGUAUGCUGACGUCAGGGCUUACUGUUAAAAUGUAAAUAUAUACUGUAAAGAGGACACGUCUAUUGUCCUCUCAUCCACGCCAUUUCAUUUAUUCAUUCAUUUUCGGGUAAUAAACGCAUCUGGGACAGAGCGCUGCGGUGGAGGGGAGGCUGUGACGUCAUACUUAGUGUGAUAUGCUUGAGGUGUUUCAUACGUCCGAGCUUUGAUCGAUUAUUUAUCGACUAUAUUUUAUGUUUUCAUUUAUUUAUUUAUUUAUUUAUUUAUUUAUUUAUUUAUUUAUUUAUUUAUUUAUUUACUGUAGUUAUAUUUUCAAGACCUGAGAGAAAGAAAGAAACAGGGUCCAAGGUUUCUGCCAUCAAAAGAUAUCUUAUUUUCAUGCAUUGUGUCCACACAGAUAAACUCAGUUUUACUUGCUCGAGUGGUUCAUGAGAUUCUAAGAAUGCAAGCCGACAAAACAACUCAUCUGGAAAGAGUUCGACAAGGAGUUAAAGCAUGCGUAGUUUUGUUUCCUCUUUUGGGACUGACCUGGGUGUUUGGUGUCCUAAGUGUCACAGAUGCUGGACUCGUAUUUCAGUACAUCUUUACCAUCUUCAACUCUUUGCAGGUACUAGAAAAUCCAACAUGUUAA